CUGGUCAUUAGUUCACCCAGUUGGUAGCUGGUUUGUUGUUGGUCACCCUGCACAAGCUGAUUACCAUCAACAACUAGCUAUCAUCUUAAAUUAGAUUUUCCAGCAGGAUGGAAGUUUUGCUGUUCUGCCACCAUAAUUCUUCCAGUUAAAUAUCAUUACAUGGCCUGGUGAAUUUGGACACCAUCCAGGCAGCUUUGAGGAAAUAAAUAUAUUUGCCAUGUGCCUUAAGGAUUCUUGAAAAAGCGUGAGAAAUGUGACGUUUGACGGGUGAAAGUUGAACAGCUGAGAGAAACAGAGGAGGUGUUUAACUCUCAUCCGUACUGUUGUUGUAAGAAGGGCUGCCAGUGUUUGUAAGUGGACGGCAAAAGCAACAUUCAGAGAUGAGUUUGACUACUAUUCUGUCAGAGAUCGACGGUGGAGAUGACAAGGGAGUUGAAAAGCUUUUGCAGAAGUAUAACACAGAGAACAGCCACACGUUUGCCUUUGACCACAAAGAGGAGGAUGCACGAAUUAAAUUUUGUCAGGGUCUUCUUAAAGUCCUCCGUCGAUCGGAUCAUUCACUUUGCCAAAGCACCUGCCUGGAGACCCUGCGCAUCCUGUCCAGAGACAAGCGUGUACUUGGACCCGUAGCCACCAAAGAGGGCAUCCUCACUCUAGCAGGACUGGCCCGGAUCCAUGUGGUGGGACACGACGGAGAGCUGUUAGAGGAGGCGCAGUCAGCAGAGGAGGAAAGGGUUGUGGUGGAAGCCCUCAAGUGCCUGUGCAACGUGGUGUUUAACAGCGUGCCGGCACAGCAGGUGGGCGCUGAAGUGAAGUUGGCGGAGGGCCUGUGUGCCCACUUGCAUUCGGUCAGCUCGUCCCAUCAUGAGGUGGGCCUGUUCUCCCUUCGGCUGCUGUUUCUGCUUUCCGCCCUGCGGACGGAUGUGCGUGGCAUGCUUCGGAAGGAGGCGGGCGCGGUGAGGCUGCUCACUGACAUACUGGAACGCACCCUUGACGUCCAUUGGGUGGGGCCAUAUGAGGCCACGCCCCCUAAACCAGAAGCCCUGCCCAUUUCCCCAGAAAACAACGGGCUUGCCAUGGAAGCCCUUAAAGCUCUGUUCAACAUCACUAUGUCUGAUUCCAGCAAUGAGGACAAUGACCACCAGCUUCGGCUGAUUGCAGGCAUCACGAGACAUCUCCUAAUGCUCAAGACAAACACUGAAGAUAAAACAGAGGAGGCUCACAGUCAUGCCAUAAAUCUUCUGAGUAACCUUCCCGUGCGGUGCCUGGAUGUUCUGAUAGACGUCCCUGUCCAAGGUGGGAUGGAAACGUACGGUGGGAAGAACGUGGACAUAGUGCAGAUACUGCUAGAUUUUAUGGAAAAGAGGAUAGACAAGGGGAUCAACUAUAAAGAAGGCUUGACACCUGUGCUGAGUCUGAUGACAGAGAGCUCUAGAUACCACAGGGAGAUUCGCAGAUACCUCAAGGCCCAGGUGUUGCCUCCCCUGAAGGACGUGAAGGAAAGGCCAGAAAUCGGCGGCACCGUUCGAAACAAACUGGUGCGUCUCAUGACGCAUAUAGACAUGGCAGUGAAACAGGGGGCAGCGGAGUUUCUCUUUGUGCUCUGCAAGGAGAGCGUGGAUAAUCUGUUGAAGUACACUGGAUAUGGUAAUGCUGCGGGACUGUUGAUGGCACGAGGGUUGCUGGCCGGAGGCAGAGGAGAGACACAGUACUCAUCUGAUGAGGACUCUGACACAGAGGAGUACAAGUCAGCCAAACCAUUCAUUAACCCCAUCACAGGUCACAUAGAGCACCCAAUGCCAAACCCUAUGGAGGAGAUGACAGAGGAGCAAAAGGAUUAUGAAGCUCAGAAGCUUGUCAAUAUGAUUGAUGAAUUAUCAAGGAAAGAACUGAUCAGACCAAUGGGAGUGAGGAAGGAUGGCACUCUAGCGCCCCUAGGAGAAGCUAUCCAUGAGUGCAGCCCUCCACCCAGCAGUGACUCUGACUCAGACUAGCAGGAGUUUAGUUCACUCAAACCCUUUAGGCACCGCUGCUGCUGCUGGCUGACUGCCACUGUCUUACCAACUGUCCCUUGCACAGGGGAUAGUUCAGUUAUUUCCUACUGAGGUUCUUUUGUUGCACGAGGGCAUGUCUUUCUAAUUGGGACAUGUGUGAUGAACUAUAGAGUGAGCAGAGAGAGAGAGGAAGCAAAUGUUUAAAUAGAUAUACGGUUGUCAUCGGAUAUCAAAUAUGAUCACAGUGACUGUAUAAGAUGGCACUGGUAAGUAGGAAGUUACACAACUUUUUCACGUGUCUUUGACACUCUCUGUGAACAAGCAAAUGCACUUGGUCUUCAAUAAUGAAGUAUAAAGGCUUAAUGACAUUUACCCUUCAGAAAAGCUGUUCAUCUAGGUUUGUAUUUAUUAAACCGUCUGUGGCUGUUGCUGGUUCACAGAUUAAAGAAACCUGUUCCACAAUUUUUUCGAAAUACUUAAAUGUCUUUUGAAAUGGUAAAUGCCAUGAGAUCAGUUGUUAAGAAAUUAUUUGUCUUGCACUUAAUUGUUUUUGCAAAAUGUGCAUUGAAAUCUUUUUUCCCACCACUUAUGCCUGGAGUCUCAAACUAGUGUCUUUUCUAAUGCUCUAUUAUUUUUAGCGACACAAUUGUCUAUAUAUUGUUUUUUCCCACUGUUUUCCUUUCAAUGUUAUUGGAGGUGUAUUUGUUUUCUUUUUAUAAGAAAUGUUAGGUUUUCUACAUAAGACACAGCAUGUAAUAAACUCUUUUAUUUUCUAAAUAUUUCUGGUUACUAUCCUUGAUUUAAAAGCUUGUGAAUAUCUUUCACAAGCCCCAGUACUCAGCUUCUAUAACCACUAGGAUCAGCAGAAUAAAGGGGCUUUGUAAAACGUU